AUAUGUGUGUGUGUGUGAAUGUGUGUCGCCGUGAGAGUCUGUGUGGGUGCGAGCAGUAGCGUUCUCUGACGGCGGUGGCAUCCGAGGUGGCGGGCAGUGGCGAGCAGCAGUAGGCCGAAUUAUUGAACAGGGGAACAUCGACGAUCCCAGACACGCAGAGCAGUCGAAAACGUAAGAGCGUUGUAUCCUACAGCGAAAAGGAACUAGUGCUUGCUGUUACGGCGGUGUUAUAUCGUGCGUGUGUCGCUACGUUCUGCGAAUAUUUCGGUAACGGUUGCAACUCUAGCGUGGGAGUUGACGACUGACUACUCGCAUUAAACGGAAAAGAAAAGGCUAACCUCGAUUUGGACGUCAUCGUUGCUAACUGUUUAGUGGCAGUCACAUCAGAAGCACCAACGUUGUAUUGGGCUUGGGAAGAACAGAUCAGGUUGAAGCAAACGCGGCUAAAUCAGUUAGUUUGGCAUCAACAGUAGCCGUGGCCGAAAGAGUUAGAGUCUACCUCACUUACCGUUUCUAAUCAAUUUCAGCUGUUGCGACAGCACUUCUGAGUGUCGAGACUGUCCAUGUGUGCCGGCUGCCGCCACGAAAAUCCGUGAGCCUUGCUCGCGAAGGACACCAAAGCUAGCAUCCAUUGAGGAUUAAUCGUCAGACAGGCUCUGUCGUUGAGGUAAGCGUCAUCAUAGGACAAAAGAAAGUGUCCUGAUUCUCAGAAUCUCAACCCUGCCGACGCGUGGUGUAGCAUUGCGGUGACCGAUAGUGCAAGUAGUGACGAACGCCGCGCCGGAGAGAAGCAUCGCGAGCGAUCCAAGAUUCAGUCGUGCUGUGGAAGCAAGUGUGGAGUUCAAUUUUAGGCCAAACAAAAAUGUAACGUGCUUAUUGCAGCUGACAAAGCUUGCGACGACGCUAUCGCCAAGCUCUUUUCGUGUCCGCUAGCGGUUGCUCUCCUCGAAGCUGUAGGUCAUCAGUGGCCGAGUGUUAUUAGUGGUAAAGUGUGCUAUGGUGGUAUAGUUCCAAUAGAAAAGCCUACUGCUAUUUAGGCCGUUAGGAUCUUCAAUUUAGAGAAAUCACUUAAUUUCAAAUUAAAGGAAAUCACUUAAGGCACGAGGCAAGACUACUCCUUGCUAACUUAACGAACGUCAGUUCGCUUUCGUAUUGAGGAAGUCGACUGGCUGUCUGUGUUGGAGACAGACAGCUCACUCGAAAAAUAGCGCGAGCGUCAUUUCAACGUCAACUUGAAGUGUAGUCACCCAAGUGCGGUUUUAAGGCGAGACCUUUGUUCGGAGCCAUCGCGAAGUUUAAUGGCUGGCGAUUCGUGCGGUGACGACCGAGAGACUUUAGGGCUGUGCACGCUGGCCUCGGUCGUGUGCAGCGUGCGAGAAAGGCGCGACAGACGCCCCGGGGGUUCGAGCGGCUCCCGCUGCCGAGUUCGUCGCUGUCCCGUGAAAGAUCCACUCUGGCUUUGGGGCCCCCUAGCACCGUAGGCUAGACGCCCCAAAAACUAGGAACAAACUAGACAACAAACCAAGGAAAUUGGCAACGCGACGCGAAAGCAAAACCCAAGAAUCUGGACAAACGCUCCGAAAGACAUAAGAUCACGGACCACUUCUCUACAGCAGAUACACCCGAGUUAUAAUAACAGCAACAAAAAAAAAACACAACUGUAAUAAAAGAGACUGCAAUAAGAUCACUGUGGGUGCAGCUAACUGCGGGCUUGGCCUGUAUUUAUCAAGCAGUAUCAAACGUCACGCAGGAUCAUCAAUAGGACCAGAUGUGUGUUGCCGGGUGCGUACGGAACAGGCUUGAACAGGCGGUUCUAUCUAAUAAUUACUAGAGUAAAAGAAAAACAAUAAAGUGGAGUAAACAGUAGCCGAUAAUCAGUCUAUUGUCGUCAUCCGCUUUUUGCCGUUUCGUAAUCGUCCCCUAAGCACCUGCUUCUGCUUUCUCGUUGCCUAAUUGGUUGGUUGGAUAAUAAUUGCAUGCGGGUGCUCUAGUGCUCAGCGCUGCCCCCUAUCCAAAGGCCGAAUACGAAGAUCCAAGAGACAGAGACCUCCAUCUUGGAGCGCCAUCUCCUACAGCUAUUCUCAUUCUUUCCCAAUUCCGGUCGGUAGCGGCUGCAGCAGCGGCAGCAACUUCAACCCCAACCAACGUUUCUGAGUCCCUGUUCUUCGAACCCACGUGCGAAGCCACGAUUAGCGCGGGGGUAGCUAAGUGUGUAAAAGACAUAACUGCUACCAGCAAAUGGACACACGUCGAAUACUGUAGAAAUACGACCAACUUUUUUUUCUGUCUAACCUUCAGCAGAAAACGUGCCCCCGUGUCGCAUCAGUAGUGCAAGUGCCGAGUUCCGUCAGCGUCGACCGGACAGGACCACAAACGACGGUGACCCCAACAGUAGGUGGCGACCGUUGGCGGCAACAGUCACUUCGUGCGACGACAUUGGUCAUCGACUACAUAGCAAGACGCAACAGGAUUGGCAGCGAAGGUAGAAACUCUUCGCGAUUCUAAGCAAGUUCGGAACCCAGUUUUGUGCUACAGUUGACAGCGCGGCACGUGUUUCCAAGCGCGAAUCAACCCAGAAACAAAUCAACUUCUAAACUCUACGAAGUUCUUCGAGACAACGUAAAACUAAUUUAAGCAGGCGAGCUUCCAGGCUAACACUUCGACAUCGCGCUAGUUCAAACAGAGUUACCGGCACCGAUUUCAGCCGCCAGGAUAUCCGCAGAAGAACAUUGACACUCAUCAGUGUCGACCAGUUAUCACGUUCGAUCCGUUCAACACUUCGACGAAGGAUAUCCGUUGAUUAUAUUACCCAUAAUCUUGUCAGUGCCGUGACCAGUUGCCCUACUGAGUUUCGACCGGUGCUUACUAAUAUUCCCUGACGGUCGACGUGCCCCCGAUUGGAAAAAAAACCUAAAAUACCACGUAAAAUUCAACAAUAGCUUGAUAAACCCUGAAGUCAAGCAGGUGGCCUGGUCCCUUAACAAUGAGAGAUGAAAGUCAUGAAGCUUGUCGCACUCACAAACAGACGGGAUUUCGAAGUUAGUGCAACGUCUAACGGUAGCAUCAAGCAAAGUAAGCGGAACCAACAUUUGCGUUACGUAAAACACGACGGUUGCCAAUUCCGGUCAUAGCAAUACGUGAUAGCUUGUGAGUGAAGAUAAGUAGACUUGCUGGCCUGAAACAUCAGCUGCAUCACUACAGCGACAAAAUUGGACGUGUUGCUGUUGUUCUGCCCCGGGAACUUAGAACCGCUGGAUCGGUAACGGAUUUACCUAGCACCUAUUUCGAAUAUACUAUAUGCAAUCGGCAGAAAGGGUUCGUGAGACCGUAGAGGCUGGCCCUCUCCCGUACCUCCCGAGCUUCUAAUGCCUCUGUCAGCGUUAUCUUGUCCCAUAAACUUCUAUACGACGGACACACCGACGCAUCGACGAAAAUCUGCUUGCGUAAGCGUUCGGCAGGUUGCCGUCGUAGCUCAAUCGUCGUGCGCUGUUGCUAUCUGCAGCAAGUAACUGAUGCCAAAUCAGCGAAGCCAUCUUUCUAUUACUGUUCGUUUAGAGGAGUAAGUUUGCAUCCUGGCGUGUGUAUUGGACGCCGGUCAAACGACAUCUUGACGCGUGAACAAUAUCUAUGGCCCAUGGAUCUGGACCCGGGUUGAGGCCAGCAGAGUGUACUCUGCAGCCCCCCAUAGGAUUUUCGAAUUAACCGUAAUCGUACAUUAAUAGAAUUCCUAGAAGUAUCAGGUUAAACACAGAUGACAAAACAGGAGACGAAAGAAGAUAAGACGAUUCACUAAAAGCCUGACAGGGAGGGCAUAGUUAUCUUGAUAAGGCUAGCAAUUCAAAUAGCGUUAAUAAUAAUAAUGAUGAUAACAAUUAUAGGUUAUUUACAAGAAUUAUCAAUUCUAAUAGUAAUGAUAACUUUAAUAAUAACCAGAACGAACGCACGUGUAUGGUGAAGUGAGUUUAUACUAGGACAACAUUGCUGGUGGUCAUAGACGUCAAACAAGUGAUCAUAAUAAGGAUACCCUUCCAUAUACAAAGAAUAUACCGUUCUUCGGCUAGAAUUGACCCCCUCCAAUAAGCUCCAGACGAUCCAUUUGAAACUGGUUUUAAGCAAACGGUGACAACCACCUCAAUCAUACGCUGUAACAUCGACCAUCUCUGAGGACAUUACGACAUAUGGUAAUCUACAACACCGCGGCUGAAACAGCAUAUGCCUCAUCUAUUAUUUGUUAUUAAACAUUUUUAAUAGCUAAAUCUUUCAUUGACUUCCGUUUAUUUAAUUCUGAGUUGCCGUAAACGGACAAAGACUCGAAGAUCUUCAUUAAAGAAGUACAAGCUAAACGCUGCUUAGUUCCCAUUAUUAUACCAAACCUGACCAUCGACGCUAACGACACUAAUCCAUGGUAUGGUCACUGAAUCUUAAUUCUGCGACGUUCUGAAGCGAUCUCUAUUUAAUCAAGACAUUAAUCAUAAAUACAAGAAGAAGUAAGAACAGAAGAAAGAACAAUGUCUUCCCCAGAAGGCAGCCCGGAGAGGCAGCUCAUUGUGGGUCGGCCUCUGGUUCUUCAACCUCAUGGAGGCUCGGUCAAUCUGGCCUUCACACAAGAGGACGAUGUCUGUGAUGGGCCUGGUGGACGCCCGGCCCCUACCGGUACCGUUAGCUACGGAUUGUACUCACCAAUGUCUGAUGGCUUCCCUCAGUCACCGGAUGGAUCGAUUACCUCAGAACGGUCUCAGGCCCAGCUCCUUCGAAGCGCUGGGCCUGGUCGAGGUCGCGGGCCGCCGAACGCCAGCUUUUCUAUCAACGUUAAUUCGACGGUGAAGGACGAUGUUCUGGAAAAGAAUGCGUCGGUUGUCUCGCACGAUUCGCUUGACGGCGGCAACUCUAAUGACUUUGAGGAAGAACACAUCCGUAAAGUGUUCCUCCAGAUGAUUGGGCCAUUUAUCGCUGCCGGGUUUGGGACUGUGGCGGCAGGUCUGUUGCUCGACACGGUCGUCGGAUGGGAGAACUACAAAGCGAUCCCCGAACUGAUCGGUCUUGUACCAACCUUGCUCGGCCUUAAAGGUAAUCUCGAGAUGACACUCACGGCUCGACUCUGUACCGCAGCGAAUAUGGGCAAUAUGGACAAUUCGGUUGAGCGGUGGCGUCACGUAACUGGAAAUCUCGUCGUGACCCAGUUGCAGGCAAUCGCAGUCUCGUUUCUCGCCUCGAUCAUCAGCAUCGCGGUGUACGCCAUGACCCAAAACAAAUUUGAACUCAGCAACACGUUCGUGCUAUGCGCCAGUGCCCUUAUGACAGCGGCUGUUGCGAGUCUUUUGCUAGGUCUGCUCAUGUGCGCAAUCGUCAUUCUCAGCCGAAAAUUCCGUCUUAAUCCGGAUAACGUUUCAGCGCCUAUUGCUGCAUCGCUCGGUGAUAUCACAACACUGGCACUCCUUUCGUACAUUUCCUGGUUCCUUUAUUCGUACCGACAUCUACGCUGGCUAGCCCCGAUUAUCAUUUUCGUAUUUAUGGCUAUUGCCCCACUCUGGGCGUACAUUUCAUGCCGGAAUACGACCGUUCGAGCCGUGCUCAUCUCAGGUUGGACUCCUGUCUUAGGCGCAAUGAUUAUCUCGCAAGCUGCCGGCUACAUACUCGAGACGGUUAACAACUGCUACCGAACUAUGGCUAUCUACCAGCCAGUGAUCUCCGGCGUUGGUGGAAAUCUCGUUGUCGUGCAGACUUGCCGAAUGACGACGUUCCUCGGUCGACGUUCACAGCUCGGUUCACACCCGCCCGACGACAAUCGCUCGUGUGUUGACCCCUUAUCCACUCUUUUCGGUUCACACUAUCUGUCGCGAACGGCGUCCCUUCUACUCAUGCUUACUGUGCCCGGUCAUCUGCUAUUCAUCUACGUCAUCCAGUUGUUCACGAGCGACUCGGUCAUUACCCCAGUUUUUCUCGUGUUCUACCUUGGCGCCACCCUCGUUCAAGUCGGAUUUCUUCUUUACGUUGCCAGGUGCAUGGUGUAUUCCAUGUGGCGCCGCGCGAUCGACCCGGACAAUGCUGCGAUUCCCUUAUUGACAGCACUGGGCGAUCUGGCAGGCAUCGCGUUGCUGGCACUCGCUUUAAUAUUUUUACACGGGAUCGGCGACAAGAGUUCACCCUUGGAUGCCGAGUGUAUCAGCAACCAUACACAGGUUGCGCAUCUAAUAACGACAACGCCAAUGGCUAAAAUGGUAAGUCCCGUCUCCCUUCAAUAAAGCAACCCCAAACUAUUUUCCGUCUGAAGCUUUUAUCAUGGUUCUGUGACUAGCGGCAUAUUACAAUAGUGUACAAUGGCACAACAAUAUGUUUCGUAGGGGUAACAUUAAUGAACAGAUCGGCUGUCGAGCUUUGUUUGCUUCUGCAUAUAAUGUUAAACUUAUUGCUAAGUCUUUUGGUUUUUCGUUUAACACCGGCGUUAGCGUCAACGCAAUAGAUUAGUUUGUUCUGGAUGUCAUACACACACGUCCAAAUCCAGCGUCCAGUUUGAAGAGAGACAACGCUCAUAGACCGGCGGCGACGACGACCACAUCGACCAGCGUAUGCACCGACGAAGGGUACAAACAUGUCGAGCGGUUCGUACAUUUGCAACAUCAACAAUGUCCAACCUAUUAGUGCAACACGCAUAGUACGCAAUACUACCCGUAGAGGACCCGAAACAUCCCCAUGCAUAGUUUUCCUUGCUACGAUGUUUUUGCCUGCUCAAAGAAUGCUUCAAUAAGUUCGGCAAACAAAAACAGACCAAAAAAAAGUCUAAAAGAAGAAGAAAAAAACAGACACAGACACUACUGUUGACGGCUGCAUGCAAAGAGUACCCGAUAAGUUCUGCCGUAAAUCUAUCAUGAAGGCGAGACAGUCACAAACGAGGCAUUAGCUUAUUCCAGCUAUCGUGUCCUACUGCUACUAAUUCUAGAAUCUGAAUUUAACCUUUAAUUUUAGUCUUUAUGGUGAUGUGACGACAUGUCCCUAGUGGCAACGGGCAUGGUAAUGUAAUGUAAUUGGGUACAAGCAGGCAAUACGUCCUCCCAUAAACGCAAUAUGUGCGUAAUAUGCCCUCUUCGCUGCCUCGUGCUAAUAACAAAUUACGCUGUUUCACACAAACUCUCGAGACAGUUAUGCUGCAGAACUCGACAAAAAUAAGUUCAUUCUAAUCAGAAACGUAGAGUAAAAUAACAUCAGAGAAACUAGGCGCCAUGGUGAGCAAGAGGAGUCACCACUGCUCGUGUUGCAUAGGCACAAUACACAGAAUCCGAUCGACCAGGUUGGCUCUCAUGGCAAAUAUUUUGUACGCGAAGACGAAAUGGGACGUGCAUUCCCAGUAAAGCCAAAAGAAGAAAAAAAAACUGAACGUUUCUUGAACGAGUGCCAACUUCGUGAGGCAAUGGUAUGAAGCUCUAGCGUGGAGAAGGGAUCGAACAGUUUGGGUUUGUAGUUUUCCAGAGGCAGAAUGUGAUUUUUCGUGCCGAAUCAACUGUUAAAUUCUGCACACGUCAAAACGCAAACCGUUCAAUGACAGGUGAGGAAUGAAGAGACCGUGCGUCUUCAGUGACAUUUCUCAUCAGGAGGACUAUUCCUUUUCAUCUAGCGAACUGAUGGGCAGCAGCAGAGAACGUCUCACGUCUUUUACUCUGUUAUAGAAAUAUAUAUGUAUUCGUUAAAAAUGGCAAAAUUUCCUCGAGUCUAAACCCACUACCAUUGCUACUGAUAAAUUGAGAAUGAAGACAUUGAAUUAUUAUUAAUAGUAGCAGUAAAGUGCAAUUUUCCGUCUCGAUGGCAGCGAAUCGGUGCAGAGUAUUGCAAAAGCCGUGUUGUGUCGGCGGGUAUCUCCAGAGCAUUUAAAAUUUAGACAUGUAUUCUACUCUAAUAAUAAUAAUAAGAAGAAUAUGAAAAAUGAGCAAAAAAAUGUUAAUGAUAUUAAUUAUUUUUUAAUACUAUUAUUAUUAUUGUUGUUUGUUGACCGAACUGCGUCAACCCCCUUCCAAGCAGUUGCGCUCCCCUUCCCAUUGUUUGGACACAUGGAGAAACUGUAGAGUCACACAGAUUUCAAGAGAUCUAUAUAUAUAUAUAUAUAUAUAUAUAUAU